CGGACUCGCGCCCAGGUCUUCACCGUCGAGUUCCUAGCUCAUCUCGUUGACGUCUUGUCAUAGGAUGUCGCUGCAGGUGCUAUACGACAGCCAGAUAUCCUUGAAGAGCCCGCUCUCGUCCGUCAAAGUCAUGUUCAUCUGUGUACGAUAUGGCACCAUUAUCGUCAACAUCAUCAAUGCCAUGGCAAUGCUUGUUACGGGGCUAUCAACGCAGGCGUGUUAUGUGCUUGUGAACGUGUUCAACUGGUUGCCCAUUACUGAGGGAGUGUCCGUUACCGUCAUCAUAGCACUGCGCACCCGGGCGCUUUAUAACGGAAAGACAAGGAUGGUCACAUUUCUCAAAUGUGCUGCCAUGCUCAACAUCCUCAUCGGCAUCGCUGUGUGCAUUCUCUUCACGUGUACCAUACAGAUUUCAUCUAGCCCUGAGUUUGCUGAAGAACCGUGCUUGUCGCGCGUUGCGCUCAGUCCCACAGCUAUGGGAGUAGCCAUCCUCGGGUUCGCUAACUUGGCUUGGUACAACCUGACGAUCUUCGUCAUGACAUCUGUCGAAUGCGUCAAACUACUGCGCAUGAAACGCACGAGGCUCGUAUGGCAGAUCCUUCGGGACUCUGUUGGAUACUACGUCAUAAUAGAAGCUUUGACUAUCACGAACCUGGUAACGUACGGAACCAUUAUCCAUACUCGCCCGGGGCUCGAGGAGCUCUUCCCCGUCCCCGCGCGCGUCCUGCAGGCAAUCUUCAUCUCGCGCAUACUGGUAAGACUGCGUCGGACGGCGGAUAAGAUGGGCGAUCCAUCUAUGCUUGUGCAGGAUUUCUCGAUGUACGAGAUGGCCGACGUCGGCUUGGCACUGCGUUAGCCUCAAGAAAACGUGCUAGAAAUCCGGCUUAGUUCUUUCGCGUGAAGCAUCGGCCAUUCAAUCAGAUUAUUCAGUGUAGUAUGCUCGGUUAUCAUAUCACUUUCGCUAAUAAGACUUGC